GGCUGCUAAGCAAGCAUGAAGAUUCUUCAACGCGCCUCUCUGCCUGCCUCGGGUCUUUUCUUUUGGCCAUAUAGGUGUGUAUGUAUAUGUAUGAAUAUAUGGAUAUAUACGGAGUAUAAUAUCCGUAUACAGAUAUGUUUUUCCUUUCCUUCCUGCAUCUCUGUCACCGCUGCUGCUGCCCGCUCGGACCCAUGAAAAGUGCGGGGCGGUAGGUUAAUAACGAGGAAGGAGGGGGGCAGGACGACUACCGGUAUGCUAAGCUAAGCAUCGGCAGCUCCCCUACCAGCAUACAAUACCGGUACAGAGUGUUGUUACUAAGGCAAGUACGAAGUGGUGUAGGUAUCUCAUGUAAG